AUGGCAGAGACCAGCGAGUGCCCCAACAAGCUCGGCGAGAUCUGCUGGCUCGAGAUCCCCGUGCACGACGCCGCGCGCGCGCAGAAGCUCUUCGCCGACGUCUUCGGCUGGGAGUUUCACGCCGACGCCAUGCCGGCGGGCAGGGACGGCAUCGUCUCGUUCCACAUGUUCAGCAGCCAGGGCAAGGCGCUGAACGGCGCGCUCAACCUCCUGGAGGAGGGCUACCAGGCCACCAAGUACGGCAAGCUGGACAAGGAGGUGCUGCCGCCGCUGGCGACGUUUUGCGUCGACGAGUGCAAUGCGACCCUGGAGAAGGUCAAGAGCCAUGGUGGCAAGAUGCAAUGCCCCAAGACGGAGAUCCCGAACGACAUGGGCUUCUAUGCGCGCUUCACGGACACGGAGGGCAACGUGAUUGGCAUCUGGUCCCAAAAGUAA